UUUAGACACAUCUAGCAACCCUUUCUCAAGCCCCUUAACAUACUCUGUAUUCACUCCAUGGAUUGGGAAGCACUCAAGAAUUAAUGACGUGGUCCCAAAAACAGAAAUAUUCAAGGGUCUUUCCCAGAAAUACAGAGAAAGCUCAAGGAAAGCAAACCUGGAAAUUGACGAGGACCAGAUUCUACAGUUGCUGGACUGCAAACAGCCAAAGAAGAAAGAUUUAGUCCAGGCUUGCACUGAUCUUGUAGUGUCAACAACAGGCUCACAAACAGACCUCAUCAACAGACUUGAGGAACUUCUCCUUUAUAAGGAGAUCUAUCCAAAAAUGUUUGUUAAGCUACAGAAAGCUGGGGGGGGAGUAUUACACAUGGGCUGUACCCAUGGUGUGGUGUUUUACCAGUCACCGUUGUGGUGGAAAGAAUCUGCCCGUGACCACGGAGAUGCGCUACUGAGUUUCAAAUAUCCACCCACAGUUUUCAUUUCUGACAUUGCUGGUCGUGUUGCCAGGCAGGUCAACAAUCGGACUCAACAAAUGUUUUUCCAACCACAUGAUGGACGGGUGUGUGCCCCUACAGAAGACAAUAUUAGGGAGGCAACAACUGGAAAUUUGAAGAUUAACCCUGUGUGGGUGCAGAAUCUCAGACAAAAAUCAAAGGGACCUGUGGAAAACACAAAAACAGAUAGAUUCUCCACUGCUCAUCCAGAGACUGGAACUCCAGAGAGAUACUCGCUAUAUGACCGAUUUCAUGAGAAGAACCAAAAAAGGCCAGAGGAGAGACUACGGAGUUUAAAACUUCUGCCAGACCUGGCAUCUCUUCUGAAUUCAGCUGUAGCAGAACAAAUCAACCGUGAGCUUUCCUCAAUUAGAUACUCCUUAUGUCAGAUGAAGGAUACAUAUUACAUGUUUUCACUGCGCCUGUACUUUCAUCUUCACAAUGAACAGCUAAAUAACACAUUCUUAAAUCAAGUGCAGAAGCAUUCCUUGGAGCUUGUACACAUAGGACUGCAUGGGAAACUUCUACUCGCCAAAGCAGAGCCUUCUCAAAGACCUCCUGAAAACCAGGUCAGAGUUCAAGAAUGUACAGUUACGAGUGACUGA